AUGCGCGGCUUGGCGCUACUGCUGCCGGCACUUUGCCUCGCCCAGUCGCCAAUCUACCAGCUGACGGCGCAGAACUUUGCCACCGCCGCCGCACAGCCCGUGACCUGGCUCCUCGCCAUUGAGCCCGGCCAGGGCGCCGGGCUGACAGCGCCGUCGCUGCUGCAGGCAGCGCGGUACUAUAACCAGGCACAGACGGGCAAGGGCGUGCGGGUGGGCAAGGUGGACCUGGUCCAGAGCCCCGAGCUCCGCCGCGUCCUUUGCGGCGGCGGGUCGAGCACCAAAGAGGCGCUGCGGCAGUGGCUGGCGGCGCAGCAGAGGGCGCAGCAAGGCGACGGGGUGGCGGACGCGACGCACGAAGACAAGGACGGCGACGGGGUGUAUGAGCUGUACCACGAGGACGAGGACGGCGACGGGGUGAUGGACUUGGUGCACGAGGACACGGACGGCGACGGCGUGUACGACACGGCGGACCUCAUCCACGAGGACCGCGACGGCGACGGCCGGACCGACUACGUGCACCAAGACGUGGACGGGGACGGCGUGCUCGACUUGGUGCACGAGGACGUCGACGGCGACGGCGUCAUGGACGUCAUCCACGAGGACACCGACGGCGACGGCGUCGCCGACCUGGUGCACGAGGACGUGGACAAGGACGGGGUGAUCGACUUGGACGUCGACGCCGACGGGACGCACGACCUGCUCCACGAGGACAUCAACGCCGACGGCACGAUCGACGUCCUCCGUCUCGGCAUGGACCUCGACUCGGACGGCGUGGCAGAUCUUGUACACGAGGACGUGCGCCGCUUCCUAGGCGUCUACGAUUUGAUCCACGAGGACCUCGACGGCGACGGCGCGCUUCGACGCGUGCUGGACGUGGCGCACGAGGACCUCGACGGCGACGGCACCGAGGACUUGCUCCACGACUUGCGCACCGGCAAGUCGGUCCCGGUGCAGCAGCUGCCGCAGCACUUGGCAGUGCCGCAGCGGCCAAAGGGCGGCGCAAAGGGGGCCAAGAAGUCUGCGGCGCAGCGCAAGCUCGAGCGGCAGAUCCGCGAGCAGCAGGUGCGGCAGCUGCUCGCGCAGGGAGGCCAGCAGCCGCCGCCGGGGCAGCAGCCGCAGCAGUUCCCGCCCGGCACGUACAGCGCGCUCGCCGGCGGCGGCGGAGCGGAGCAGAUGCGGAGCUGA